AUGACAUUGCUGGAAAACAUCAAGCCCUUCUGGCCGUUAUUAUUCACAUUCGUCCUGCCACGCGCCAUCAACUACUAUCGAGUAGUCAAGACAGCUAUCCGCACCAGGCCCCCACCAAGACCAUUACCCAAGAAGACGGGUCGAGGACUCAACGUCCUUUUCGCAGCAAUAUGUGUCUUUCUCUACGCCUCAUUGCCAUUUAGGGGUAACCUCGAAGACCACAACAUCUUUGUCGUCACUCAGUCACGAAUAUCACUAGAAACCGAUACGCUGUUCACACGAUUAGCCUUGUUCCGAGAAGGUAGAGUUUUGACGCCGAUUGACGAGGCUCUGCGCUUCAAACUCGGCUCCCAAGCCCUUCGCCAAAUAUAUCUCCGUUUCGGCCCCUCGACGCUUCUGAAUUGCUCGUUCUGCCAAUCAGAUGACCAGUUCUCCUAUCUUCUGUAUCAUCUCCCCAACAAUGUGCUGUUGCCCCAUCUCUUCCAUAUUCUGUGUAUCGGUCUCGCAACUUCCGAAACCGUCUCCGGGUUCGAAGCAAGCCGCUGGCGCAGACGUACACUGCUAGGCGUCUUCGCACUCGCAAGCAUCGACGUCGCCAUGACAAGCAUGUUCGCGCCAAUCGUCGAUUCGAAAACCCCUGCCCCUGCCGGCAUCUUCUGGACUGCAUCUACCCUGCGAUGCCUGGUUCUUUGCCUGUUCGAUGCGAUCAUUGCAUUUCUCAUCUACGCCUCCGCCACGGGCCGAUUCCUCCUCUUCACCGCAGGGUCCGCUACGGACUCGGAACUCGUCCGCCGGCGGACCGAAGAACUCUUAAAGCAAGCAAACCUGUCGUUGCAGGUCGCCCAGACGAAUCUCCGCGCAUACGCGAUAGCGCGGAAUGCCGUGGUGCGGAAUCCCGGCCUCAAGGGUGUGGACGAUGAGUACUGGCGGGCGGUGGUAGCGAUGGAAGGGCCGGAGAGGGACGAGGCCCUUUUCGAGGACGAGGAGGUCCAGGCAGCAGUUGCGAGGGCGUACGGGUCCGGGACGAUGGAUGUGGCGGGAAUGAAGAAGGAAGCAGAGGUCUUUGUGAAGAAUGUGACAAGAGGGUUAGAAGCAACAGAGUCCGCGAGAUAG